AUGGCCAACCCUGAAUCUUACAGAAGACUUCUUGGAAGGCUGCUUUGCCUUGGAUUUACCAGCCCAGAGUUAUGCCAUGCUAAACAGCAGUUGAGCCAAUUCAUGCAAUCUCCCUGUAAGACACAUUGGGAUUCUGCAUUACACCUGGUACACUAUCUCAAGGGAACCAUUGAUCGGGGUCUUCAUUUUGCUGCCAACGACAACUUUACCAUCACUGCUUACAGUGAUGCUGACUGGGCAAGUUGCAAGGAUACAAGAAGGUCCUUGACAGGGUACUGUAUCUUCUUGGGCACCAGCUUGAUUUCUUGGAAAACAAAAAAACAAACUACAGUGUCCCGAUCUUCAGUUGAGGCUGAAUACAGAAGUAUGAGCACCACCACUUGA